ACCAAAAGUUUGAUCAUAGUGAGUCACAUACACGUUUUUCUUUUGUUUAGGAAUAAACCAACUCCACCACCUCCUCUACCUCCACACGCCCAUCCACCCAUACCGCCUGAACGGCAUAAGAUACAAAUAGAAACUGCAAUCGACGAAGACUACAGACCGCCAGUACCUCCCCAUCGAAAUAUCGGCGUGACUGCGCGCAUUAGCUCGUUAGAGUCACCGCCGCCUCGUAAGCACCAUCAUCAUCACCAUCGCGGAGGUAAACAUUCGCAAGACGCGAACAAAUAUGAAAAUCAUCCACCUCCAGAAAAUUGUAAGCACUUUAACGUCAAUGAGAAACUCGACGGCGAUUGCGACUUUAAAUACGCGGAGGAUACCGAAAAUCCACCAAAAAAUGUUUUCGAGUUUGACGAUGAGCCUGUCGCUAUAUCACCCGUAGAAAACCCUGUCAAAAUUCGACACAAGAACUUACAGAAUGGCAAUGAAGAUGACGUACAAUUCGUGCAUUUACCACAUCUAGACACAAGUGGAAACGUACAUAAUAUAGGGAAUAGGAGUCCAAAAGUUAAAAGGGCAACUAUUGUAGGCAAUCCAAUGUUUAGUACUGAAGACCAGUUAACGAAGGACGACGUACCCGCAGAGUUAUCCGGUUUAGACGAAUUAGGAAUGGAUUAUGAGCAAAUUAUGCACUAUUUUGAUAACCUUAAAAGAAAUGUUUGUUCCAGGAAUCGAAUGCCUGAGUAGAAGAGAUCAUUGCAAAAAUCCAAGACAUUCUGUUGUCGUUCAGUGAACAAUAUCGAGCAAGUGCACUUAACGGCAAUAUUAUGUGCGGGAAUGUGAAUCAAAGUUUUGAAUACUUCUUUGAUUAUUUAAGCGAGUCGUAUGCUUAAAUGUGACAAGCUAGUUAGAUGUCGGGUCAAUUACAUUUUAGCCUUGCCUACAUCUGUUAAUAAUACAUUAAUUAGCGAA